AUGCUGCACAGCGACAAAGUGCUGUGCAAGAGCCCGGCGGAAGGUUUUGACAUGGACGGGGGAUCCCUGGCAGAGCUGCGACCAGGGUCAUCAGCCCACGAUUACGAGGUGGUGACCGUGGUUGGCUUGGCCUGGACCCCAAAGCUGGUUCAGUUGGAGACGCAGGAUGCAGAUGCAGGGCAGCUUGUUUCGUUUGUUUUGGAUCGCCCCAAUCAGCGUGAUGCUGCGGCUGAAGCAGACGUCAAUGCACACACAUCUCGACAUGACCACUGUUGCUUCUUUGCUUUUUUUGGUGCCUCACCGGACAGCUGGGAAGCCCCAGAAAGCUGUUGGAAGACGCUUCUGGCCCACGACACAACACGACACAACACAACUCAUCAUGCCAUGUUACCUGCCGGACUGGACAGCCACUCUCACUAA